CUCUCUCUCUCUCUCCGAAUAGCAUAAUCCUUUGUAUAUUUUGUUUCUCAUCGUGUGAUUGGUUCCCUCUCUGAAUCUCACACUUCUCGGCCACAAAUCUGUCCUAGUGUUUAAUUCAUUUUAUCCCCGAACAAAAGAUCACUAUUUAUUUCGUUCCUUUUCAUUUUCUUCUGUUUGGAUGAUGAGAAAACCAAAAGGUCGAUUUUCUAGUGUGGAUUCCGUACGUGGACUGGCUAUGUACAGAUCAUUAGAUAAUAUUUCGGACGCAUGCACUGUAAAAGCUAAAACAAAUCUCAAGCAGUUCCAUGCUGAAAGGAACUUCAAAAGACGUUCCUGCAGAGCAACUCCAGCUCCAGAAGACGUCUGCUGCAAGAGAUGUUCGUGCAGUGUCUACCAUCUGUAUGGGAGAGAACCACCUUGGUGCCGGAUCCAGUUUGAAGAAUUAUCACCAACUAGAGUUACCUUUGUCUCGGUGUACGGCGCUCAUCUUCUGGACAAAUGCUUGAUGAGUUGUAGUGUCUGGCAUCGAAGAUCGGCCAUGAAAUAUUAUCCCCAAGAAGCUGCAUGCAUUUUCCUAGGCCCGGAGAAUAGAUUCAAGUUGGCCGAUCUCAGUCCCUCCACUAACUACUCCUGCAAGGUUUCUUUAUUUAGCGAGUCGCAAACUCUAGGCAUCUGGGGAGCCAAAUGGGUCACACCUGCACCAACCAAAAGAUCUAUCUCAGAUGAACAGGGAGAGAAAAAACCAGACCCCGACCCAGACCAAGGCCCGGCUUCAACAGUCAAAAUUCAUCAAAAGAUCGAUUCAGUUCAUUCUAACUACAGCAAGCUGUCCCUGUCCCUGGCCAAGCAUGUGGCACUCGCAGAGCUUCAACCAUGGGACGAGUCCAACAAGAACAAUAGCUCUCUUGUGCUGCGCUCUACCACCUCAUGUCCACCCCGGACGCCAUGUAAAUCUUAUCAAAAUACUAAACACGCAGUCCUCAGUGGCCAAAAACGACCAGAAGAGAGAGAUUAUGAGUACUAUGUGCAAGUAGUUAGGUGGUUGGAGCAUGAAAGGCUCAUAGAGAGGGAUUUCAGGGUGAAGUUUCUCACUUGGUUCAGCUUGAAAGCCACACCAAGAGAGAGAAAGGUGGUUAGCGUGUUUGUGGACACUCUGAGCGAUGACCCUCCAAGCUUAGCAGCCCAGCUCAUUGAUACUUUCAGCGAUGAGAUUUACAGUGAACGAAGGCCUGUUUCUCUGCCUCAAUGCCGCGCUAAAUUGAGGCAUUGGAUGUGAAAAGUUCACUGGCCGGGCUGGCUGAGCAUUCUAGUCUCUUACAAAAAGCAAGCAGUCUCAAACUAAUUUCAA